CAAGCUGUUACUCUCACUCAAUAUAAAUAAAAUAGCUUGAUAACACUUGUUUUAUUCAACUUCUGUUGACCAGAGCCAGAUGAAAAGAUGCAUAUGAAAGAACUUCUUUUCGGUCUCAUCUUACUGAUGCAAGCAUGUGAACCACUUUUGGCCCAGACACCGGCCCCGAUACAACCCGACUCUCCAGGAAUACUGCAGAGGCUGGCAGAGAAAACCAGGGAAGCAACAGCUACAGUCAACCAUCUGAGGGGCUUUAUUGGUACCUACUAUGAAGAUCACAUCCAACCAGUGACUGACAGCUACUUUGACUGGGCCUCUGAUGUCAAAAGCUCUGUGUGGGAGAAGAUCCAGACAACCAUUUACAAACUCAUACCAAUGAAAGCAACUAAUGAAAUGGCUCAACCCACUCAAAUAUGAAGAAAAGCUGACAAUAAAUGAAUACUCUUAGCAUUCUUACCACUUGAUGGUGAACUCAUAAUUUCUUAAGGUUUCACCAGGCUUUGUGUCAAACACAGAAAUAAUCUAUAAUAAUCCUCUGUAGUACAUGUUGCAGUAUGGGCCCAGCUUGUCAUGCAAGAAAGACAACAAGAGAGAGUCCCCCCCUAUAUCAUCCUGUCCAAAUGUGAGCUCCGAGUUACAGACAACUCACUUUCAGAGAAGACUGUCACUUCUUGGAUCUGUACAUCCAACACAACAGCAGACAUGAAUGCUAAAUACGCCUUGGCACUGAUCCUCGCUCUGCAGGUCUCUGUGAGCCUGUGUGAGAUUCCCACACCAUCGGCGGAUCUUGUUGAAAAGUAUGAUUCCAUGAAAUCUGUGUUCUACCAGAGGCUGCUGAAUGCUUACGGCAAGUUGCAAGCCGCCGCUGCUCCUAUGUUUGAGAAAGCCGGAGACAGUGAGCAUGGACAGGCUGCCAAAGACUUCUUUGAGGGGCUGCAGACCAAGCCUCAGUUCCAAGCCGCCAUCAAGGUUGCCUCUGGCCUGGGCCAGGAGGCAUCUCCCCUGGUGGACAAGACCCGUUCAGCAGUGCUGGGUCUGUACGGACACUACGUGCGCCCCUACGCCGGUGACUACCUGAGCGAAACCAUCGACAACAUCAAGGUCUACCUGGACAAAUACCUGCCCGCUCAGUAAAGAAGAACAACCAGAGCAAGGCACCUGUCAGCAGCCUUUAAUAGAUGAUAGAUCAUAGGAGCAAACCAAGUUUAGGCUGAGAAGAGCAAUGCACAAUGCAAAUACAAUCCUUUGCCUCUUUUCAAAUCAACAUCUUUGCCAAAUCAUGCAGUUAAAAGCAGGACGAACACCGCCUAUGCAAAUUGUGCAUGUACAGUAUUUUGUGUUUGAUACACUAGCCAAAGUCUCUGUGUGAUUGAUUGUGUGAGUGUGUUCAUUAAAAUGAACUGGAAACUA